AUGGGGAAGCUCACUGAUGUCUCAAGGUCCUUAGCGGCCAAGGUUUCGGACAGCUGGCUACAGCAACCCGAUCCGCCUGCAGAGCGUAUCGACCUCAUGAUCGAUCCGAAAAGCAAGAGAUGGGCAAAGGUACACAGGUAUUUUACCAAGGCCUUGACGACAGAAACCUCCAUCGAGGAUAUUAUAAGGAAAUUCUUCACCCAUCACCAGUACCGCAUGCUGGCGCCCGCUGAACGUGCCGACGUUAAGGAGAUACAAGUCGACAAUACGAAGAGAUACAACGCAUUACUUGCUGGUCGCUUCAAGGGCGUCGAAGACUCGCUGGCGACAAGGCUCACCAUCAUGUACUUUGGCCUACCUGCAGCCCCUGUCGAUAAUCCUCUCGAAGAAAUUGCCAAGAUGAUGGCGAUCGAUGAAAAAGAGGUUCCUAGAUAUAAUGUCAGGCCGCCAUUGCAUUUCCUUACGGCGCAUGAACGUCGCAACUGGGGAAAGGAUGGCCUGAAAUCCAACGAAGCCAUCAACUACCCUUUGCCACUCCCGAGGGCUAUGGAACCAACAUUGGGUCUUCGCGGAGGAGGAGAUGACGAUGAUCCCAUGACCUGGAGCGAUGAUUACAUCCCAGAAGACGAGACACCUGCGCUAUUCUCAGACGGAUGGACAUACUUACACGGCCUCUACGGUCGCUUGCCUUUUGUUCCCCAAAAGUGGCGGUCGUUCUCAAAAGUUCUACGCCAGCUGCUGCAGGCUGAGGAUCACGAAGAGAAGGGUUUUUCUCUUCUGUGGUACAGUCUGAACGUAUACAAGCCACAAGUGAUUCAUGAUCAACUACCUCUGAAGAAGGACAGCCCUACUGUAGCCUUUCUUCAACAGCACUUCGCCGACAGCACCAUGUCUCACAAGGAUUGCUGUGCUCUGUUUGCCGAUGACAUGCACACCGAAAUCAACAAAGGCCCGCGGCAUUGGGAGCCUAUCGCUGGUAACCUUCUAACAGACACAAUCAGAAUUGGACGCUCUCUUGGUCAUGCUCCGAAUGGCCCUGAGAAAGAAGUGGUUAGCUAUGCCUACAUGGCCUUCCCCAAGUCCAAGACACAAACCUUUAAGAUUGGUAAAUAUGGGUCUAAUCAGUACAAUACUCACUUCACCAAAACCUUGAACGUUCUUUUCGGAGCACCUGAGACCUCGGCGUAUCACCAUGCCUUGUUUCGACUUUUUGACAAGAACAAGCCCAAAACUGGUUGGUCUAUCCCUAUUGUCUACGGUGCCAUGAGCCUUCCCCAAUGGGUGUGGGAAUUGCUACACCCACGGAACAAUCCUGGCGCCAGCUGGAUGGUUCAAUGUUGUUGGCUUAGUGCUGGUUUGGAAGCUAUCCUCAUGCCCAACUACUACCCGGAUCCUAACCCGUACCUUAUCUCGCGGCAAUUACAUGUUUCUGCGGCGCCAUUUGACCAGGCAUACCGACAAAUUUGUGAGAUGACCGCUGAGGCCUUUGAUGCAUCUGUCUCUCGAAAAAUCGACUCGGUAUUCUUGAUUGAAGGCCACAAAGAAAAAGCGACUGACGAGCUUCGCGUUGAAGGCCUUCAGCUUAAGCCUCGACGCGAUUUGAGAUCGUGGAAGAUGAGUAUCCCAGGGAUCCCUCAUCAAGAUGUCCCAAAGAGCCUUGGCAGCAAACUGGAACAAUCUCCAAACUUCUACAGAACUGUCCAUGUGAACUGGCGUCCCGGACACUGUCGUCUUUUCCCAGGUUGGUACAGCGGGGGGGAUUUCUCUGUUGAGAUGCCUCGUUUGACGUCGACAGUGGAUCAGUUUCUUGACGCCAUCAGGAAACUGUACCUGUUGGCGACACCUCCGGACUUCAAAGAUGAAGAUCCCAAAGACAGCUGCUUCUUGCUGACGGAGACACCUUCGUUUGAGAGUCUUCAGGUCCAAGACAUGGACUCGCCGUCUUAUUUCAUUGGAGCUGAUGCAACAGAUGACGAUUGGCAUGACAUCAGAAAGUCAAUCACAUCUCCUAUCAUAACGGUCUCUAUUGUGAAGAAAUCGAAGUAUACGAACUGGUCCACCUCCAUAAACCGGCACAACCUUUGGGGUUUGAGACUCGACCAGGAAGCCCUCAGGCAAGAUGAGAUGACCGGAGGUGGUUUUAGGCGAGAGGCUCUCCAUUUACAAGAUCUGGAUGGCCAUUCCAUCGACACGCUUGCUGGAUACCCUGUAGAUCCAAUGCCACUAAAGUCGAUCGACCUGAAGGACGACCUUUCUAUCUCUACACGCGGCAAAAUCUGGUCUCCCAUGUCCAGACAUCGGGCAGAAGCCUUCAAAGCACCUCGACUACUGAAGGUCAGGAACAAGUCGGUUGGCGGUCCAGACAGUCUUCGUUUGCCUUCCACCCUGGUAAUGGAAGGUGCAACUACUCCUGACGGUGACCCGGUGUACGACGUCGGUAUCUUGGCAACUAGCCAGCCUCAAUUUAAAGGAUUCACAAUUCGUCACACCGAACCUGAGGACCGCGAGGACUUUGCGCGUGGUCCGGUUGAGGAAAAUGCACGUCGACGCGAUUCUAUGUACGGGAGCUUGUUUGGCGACGAAAGCGACGAUGAACAAGCCAAUGAAGAAGACGGCAGCGGUGGCGGGAACAAGGACGAUGAUGGGGAUGAAAAAAUGCAAGAGUUCGGACUCCCAAGUCCUCGUCAAGAGAACGUCAGUGGCAGCGAUGAAGAUGCGGACGAGGAUGAGCAAGAUUCAAGACUCCUUGAAAAGAACCUUGUCUAUGACAUGCCUCUGGACAUGCUUGUGAACGAGCCAGAGAACAAGUCUGAACAGGCCGUUCCCCCACCAUCUGUUCCUACUUCCAAGCCGCCCUUACAUGCCGGCAACGUUGCUGGACCUGAUGAUCGAGCGCACACGUGGUCCACGCAACCCAGCAUCUUCACCACUGAAGAUCAACGAGCCUGGCCAGCAGAUGUUGAAAUUGGGUUUCCUCUCACCGCAGCACCAGCUGAGAAGAUCCAUCGCCUCUCUGGCAACGUCCCCAUGUUUUCAAAGGCUGUCCUGACACCUACGGAGCAAGCCGAACUACAGCGUAGCUUUUGGGAUUUGCGCAACAUGCUUUUGAAGCGCACAAACAUGUGUCCCUACAAGGGUUGCAGCUUCACUUGGCGACUCGAUGAGGAUGAAGAGCUGACCAUACAUUUUCUGACUGCCCAUGCAAAGCGCAAGUGUCCUUUCUGCGAUAACGCUCUAUUUGGCUGGUGGGACAAGGAUCAGCAGAUCAAGCACCUGGGAGAAAAGCACCCAGAUGAAGUGAGUAAGAUGAAUGGUUAUUGCAACCAGAGAGGCAACAACAUAUCGGUGCCACUGAGAGCGAAUGCAACCUCAACCAAAAAACCGGUUGCUACAGGCCAUGUGUCCAAAACAGCUCCCGCCAAUCUCAUCAAAGAGGCGUUCGCGGAAGAGAUCAGAUCAUGGGGGCCACAGUACAAGCUCACGAAGCCCCCGCGCCUUCUUACAUACCCUCUCCUUGACUGGUUUGACAAUCCUGGGACCACUGCUUUUCAAGAUCCUCCCAACAAAUGUCCAAUCCCGGACUGCCGUGUUCCUCAUCUUGAACAUCUCAGCUCCCAUGGCGUAUGGACGCACUUCAAGAACUACCACACUGACUUCAAGAUGGAUGCGUGUCCGUUCUGCAAGCUAAGCUUCUAUGAGUACGGUGAGAAGGACAAGGAUGGCGUCCGGGCCCUCAUUCCACGCCCUGUCGAUGAGUGUAUCAAGCACAUGGACUGCCAUGUCUACCAGCUCUGGGAUAUCCUGGAGCCUAUGCCAGAACAGAAUGCUGUUGCUCAUCCGCCUGGUGCUACGAAGAGCUUCGCUGGUCAAUCCACACCUCCUCAGGUCAAUCGGGAACAACCAGCUGAUGCCACACAAAUUGUCAAGAAGUGCGCCUAUUUUGAAACGUGUGGUGCCUACGUCGGGUCCAUGACUGACAAGCAGUAUCGCCAUCACUUCCGCGUCACUCAUCCUAAGGAGAUUUCUCAAUUCUCUUCUUCGGAAGAAGAGACUGACAAGGAAGACCAAGCGAGCAAUGGAAAUGACGAUGAAUCGGGGGAUGAUGGCGACGACAAGCGAGACGAUGAUGGUGAAGAUGGUGGUGUUAAGACAGCCCCUAUCAGGCUUCAUCAUCUGAAGCCUACCCCCAAGCCCACUCUAGAGCCUGCUUCUUCUAAGCCUAAGCGGAAGACAACUCCCAAAAAGUCUCCAGCUGUGAACCCAGAGGAGAUGGAUACCUCGGCUGAUACCGAUGACAUCGAUGCUGAGUCUAGUGGACCUAAGGAGCUUGCAGUGGUGGUAUCUAAGAAGCCCCGGGAGAACACGAAGGGGGCUCCCCACACUCCACCGCCGGAUCAUGAUUCAGGCACCGAAGAGCUGUGUGGUUCUAGCGUCUCUCGUGGCAGACGAUCCGAGAAAACGCCUAAGAAGUCAAAGGUUAAAGCAGCGGCUAAGACUACUGACCCGGAUGUUGAUGAUGACGACGGCAAGGACGAUGACAAGAACGAGGGCGGGGACGAUGACGACGAUGAGUAUGCUGAUGAGGAUGGCGAAGCCGGUGGUAGUGGACCUAAGAGCUCCAACACUGUAGGCCGAGGCCGAUCUACUAAAAAGGCCCGACGUGGACCUAAAGGGGACAACGAUGGGGAUUAUGAGGACGAAGGUGACGAGGACGAUGAUUAUGAAGAGGGGAAGGGAAAACGCGGGCGACGCUUCCGUCGUCGAGCGGAGUCCCCUGACUGGGUGAAGGUGCUUGGUCCUGAGGACCCCAAAUUCGAUCCCGACGAUAAGAUGUACUGUUCAAAGUGUCUCCGAAAGGCGCCUCUGAGGCGGCCAAAGAGUCCAAAUCGGUCGCCUAUCGGUCGCACGGGUGAGCUCCAGGCUCACACAGAUAAAACCAGAUGCUGCCGCAUCCGUAACGGCGUGGGCUCAGCAGAGAGUCUCCCGAACCGCAGUGGUUGGAUUCAUGUUUCCAAACUCCCUGGAACACUUAGUUCCAUCAAGGAAACAUUCCUUACCCGCUACCCAUCCUACAUGCGCACCAUGUAUCCCACACAAUCCAGGGACCACCAUGCUUCUGUCUGGCGUUCUGACCCCAACAACCCAGAAAAUGAUGCUUGGUACGACGUCCCCUGGCCUCCGUACGAGGGCCUGCCACCUUUCCCAGGCGAAUGGACAGCGCCUGGUCUCCCUUGGGAUGACAGCCCGGAAGGUCGCCAACGAAGAGCCAUGUACAUCGGCAACCGAACCGUCGAUCAAACAUAUCAGUACCAGAGUGAAACCGACUCUGAUGAUGAUCUGAAGCCGGAUGUCAAUGACAUUCCAGAGUUCCAGAAUGAGAUGAACCCCUUGAAGAGGUCUGCUAACGAUGGGGAUGAGCCACCUGAUGAGCCGGCUCCGAAGAAAGCCAAGAGCAGUAAGACUGCAGCAACCAAGACGCCGAAAGCAAAGGGAACUCAGAAGCCCCGCGGUGGCAACAUCGAAGGCACCAUCAAAGGCAACAUCGAAGGUGUCGUCGAAGGUGUCGUCGAAGGUGUCGUCGAAGGUGUCGUCGAAGGUGUCGAGUACAAAAACUACUCCGUCGCAAACCCCAUCCGGGCCUUCCACUCGGCCUCCUUCCAAUGCUGGAGAUGA